CCCCCUCCCCCCCCAAACCCUUUGCCCUGUUGGGAUCAAUCCCCCUCAUCCCCUACCUUCCCUCCUCUUCCUCCUUCCCUCCCACCCAUCCUCCCUGUAUUCCAACCUUCCUCCGCUGCGGUGAGAUCUCCCCACCAUCUCUGCCAAGCUGUCGGACAUGUCAGGACCCGUGCCUAGCCGGGCCCGAGUGUACACCGAGGUCAACACUCAUCGGCCCAGGGAGUACUGGGACUACGAGUCCCACGUGGUUGAAUGGGGAAACCAGGAUGACUUUCAGUUGGUGCGGAAGCUAGGGCGUGGCAAGUACAGCGAAGUCUUUGAGGCAAUCAACAUCACUAAUAAUGAGAAGGUAGUGGUGAAGAUUCUCAAGCCUGUGAAGAAGAAGAAGAUCAAGCGUGAGAUCAAGAUUUUGGAGAACCUACGUGGAGGUCCUAACAUAAUCUCCCUCAUCGAUAUUGUGAAAGACCCAGUACGUGGUGAGCCCACCAGCUGUGCAAGCAUAUCGAUUUCACUUGGGCUUGCGAAGUAUGUGUCUUCCCGGACGCCUGCCUUGGUCUUUGAACAUGUUAACAACACAGACUUCAAGCAACUGUACCAGACCCUGACAGAUUAUGACAUCCGGUUCUACAUGUACGAGAUCCUCAAGGCCCUGGACUACUGCCACAGCAUGGGAAUCAUGCAUAGAGAUGUGAAGCCACACAACGUGAUGAUUGAUCAUGAACACCGCAAGUUGCGCCUUAUUGACUGGGGUCUGGCUGAGUUUUACCACCCAGGACAGGAGUACAACGUCAGAGUCGCCUCCCGCUACUUUAAAGGACCCGAGCUCUUGGUGGACUAUCAGAUGUACGACUACAGUCUGGAUAUGUGGAGCUUGGGCUGUAUGUUGGCGAGCAUGAUCUUCAGGAAGGAGCCCUUCUUCCACGGCCAUGACAACUAUGACCAGUUGGUGAGAAUAGCCAAGGUUCUGGGGACUGAAGACCUGUACGACUACAUUGACAAGUACAAUAUUGAGCUGGAACCUCGUUUCAACGACAUUCUGGGAAGGCAUUCUCGUAAGCGGUGGGAGCGGUUUGUCCACAGUGAGAACCAGCACCUGGUCAGCCCUGAGGCUCUGGAUUUUCUUGACAAGCUGCUGCGCUACGACCACCAGGCCCGACUGACUGCCCGCGAGGCCAUGGAUCACCCAUACUUCUUCCCUAUUGUGAAAGAUCAGUCUCGUGUGGCCGGAUCAGCCAACCUGCCCAGUGGGAACACAGCUGUUAGCACAGCCAGCAUGAUCACUGGUAUUUCUGCCUUGCCAGCCUCCACUGCCCUGGGCCCUCUCACUGGCUCGCCGGUCCUGUCUGCUGCCACCAACGCCCUAAGCACCCCGGUGCCCGCUGCUGCUGGCGCCCCGCAGUGACACCACACCCAAAUCCCCCCCCAGUCUCUCCCACCUCCACCACCACUCAGCCCGGGGUUGGGGGUGGUGGGGAUACUAAGACAGGUGCCACUCUGCCAGCCCUCUCCACAUCCAACCUAACUCAGUGUGACUGCGCCUCACCAACCUCCCGGCUGGAGGACGCCGUCGUCUAUGAAAAGAAAGCUGUUUUUUCCGUUCCUUAUCUUCCUUGAAUGAACGUGUUAACCUGACAUCUGAAAUGAAUGUUCUGUGUAAUGAAAUAUACAGGUAUUCCUUUCAUUUCCCCACAAGCCGUAGUGAAUACAAAGGGGUGUGUGUUUGUGUGCGCCAAGUCUGAGCGCGAGAGUCAUCCACGGCUCAUUUGGGGUCUCAGCAAGCCCCCCUCCCACCUGUGUGGUUUUAGUUUGGAUUGUGAAGGCAGGGUUCAAUAAGUACAUCAGCAGAAGGCAAAAAGAAAGAUGUUGGCCAUCAGGACCAAAAGGAGUACAUCCUGUAUAGUUUACUACUGCUGCAUUGUCAAAAACAGACCUUUACCUCCCCAGAUGAGUCUAAACACCCUCCAGAUCACAGCGUUUUGGAAGUGUUUGGUGCUGUUCUGUUCUCCAGGUGUAUGUGAACACAAUGACACUUCAACACUUUCUCUGCCUGAGUAGUUCUGUCUUGCCUUUCUUACCAAACCAGAUCACCAGUCUUCUUUUGAUAUGCGACUCCCCAUCACGUCAUCUGUCGUUAAUUUGUUUUGUAUUGAAACGUUUGCUGACUGCUGGAUUAAGGUUCAUCACCAUCAAGCGGUUCAAUCGACUCUAGAGUCGUACUACGAUCUCUUAAAGAAGCCAGGUAAGGUUCAUUCAGGUUCUCAAAAGUUUCUCAAACGUGCUGCUUUCCAGUUCCUUGAAUUACUUCAAGUGGCUUUUCUUGAAUUACUUCAAGACAUAACCAAAGUUUACUCAGUCGGUUGGAAGAAGAGACUGACCAAAUCUAGUUUUGUUUUGUGAGAGUUGCUCAUGGAGAUGCUGUAAUGCAGGUUGACACUGUGGGUUCUAGUGAAUACGAUGACCACGUGAUACAAUAAUCUGCUGGUGGCUGAAGUGCUGUUAGUGUUGUAGGAAAGUUGAGUGUGCGGUGACAUGGGGAAGCUUCGAGUAUUAACAGUUCACCGCUUUCACAAACAUGUUGAGAGAAGUAUUGAAGUUGAAUAGCACUUGAAGGGUAAGUUUCCCCCAGUGUUUUAGUGCCAGAGUUUGAAAGUAUAGGUUUUAGACCCUGUUGUACAUAUGCAUCUUUUUUUUUUUUUUUUCAUUUCAAAACCUAAAAAUGCAAAUAAAUCAGAACAUGUAUACAUUAACCUGAGAACGGAGCAGUCCCUACAUCACUGUAUAUAUUUUUAUGUCCUUAUGUAGAAGACUAGUAUUUGAAAAUAUUUGUGUAAAUAAACACGUGUUUUAUUUAUCAGGUA